AUGGCUGCUGUUCAGUCGUGGAAUCAUGUUAUCACUUGUCUGGAGGUGUACAAUGAUUGGGCCAUCACCGGUUCGGAUGAUGCGAGUAUCUGUGUAUGGAAUUUGGCCACGCACCAAUUGCUCAUAAGCCUCUUUGGUCAUCUCGGUGGGGUUUGGUCUUUGGUUGUCCUACCUCCACUGCAUGGAUCCACGUCGGAUGAAUCAGACCACAUGCUUAACCAAAUGCCUCUGUUGGUUUCCGGCAGUUGUGAUCGUUCCGCUCGCGUUUGGCUUUUGGAUGGCACUCAUUGGCCCUGUAUUACCACACUGUACGGACACCAGUCUACCGUUCGUUGUGUUGCUGGUCAAGGCAGUGAAAUUAUGAACUCGGAGAGUUGGAAACAGCCGGAUUCGGGACAAAUGGAUCCAGUCCAUCGGGACAUUUCGGCCGACGCCGAAUCGGAUCUGGAAGGCAUUCGCCUCGUAGUAACCGGGAGUCGUGACACAACGUUACGCCUGUGGAAUGCUCGAACCGGAUGUUGUCUUCGAGUUUUUCAAGGUCAUUUGGGUGCCAUACGAUGUGUGCAAUUUGUCGGCAAUGUGGUCGUCUCGGGUAGCUACGAUUUCACCAUUCGAUUAUGGUGUAUUCGUACGGGACAGUGUCUACGUGUGCUACACGGACACCGGAAUCGAGUGUAUACGCUCCUGUUUGACGGUCGUCACAUCAUCAGUGCCAGUCUGGACACGACUAUUCGCGUGUGGGACGGACUGAUCCCUGNGUCCCUGACCAGUGAGAUGGCCUAUGCGGCCGCGCAGCAUACUCUCGUGUCAAGCAAUGCGGACGAGACUAUCCGUGUGUGGGAUGUCGCGAGCGGUGAAUGUGUGCAUGUUUUGGCUGGUCCGUACAAGCACCAUUCUGCAGUCACGUGUGUGCAACUGUCACGGAACUUUAUCAUUUCAUCCAGUGACGACGGCACCGUCAAACUGUGGGAUCGACACACCGGGGCCUAUAUUCGCGAUCUGGUUCGUUUGGACGCAGCCGGUCGGGGCGCUGUUGUGUGGCGCAUUGUGGCCUCAGAAACUCGAGUCGUCUGCGCGGCCGGUAGUCGUAGUGGGAUUGAGAACACCAAACUGAUUGUGCUCCGAUUUGAAGAACCACGGACCACCGACUCGAACAAUUUGUCCACUGCGCAUGUAUGUCGCUCCGCUUCACAAUCUGUGCCAACACCAACAGUCAGCCAACUAUUAGCCACCUCAUCACAAGUGUUCCUCAGUGAUGACAGUCUGUCGGAUAGUUUGACUGCUUGA